GCCGCCUCCAACUUUCGAAUACCUCAACUUCCUCGGCUCUCUCAACAACCACUCCAAAGUCAAAUUGUCACCUUUCUAGUUAUAAUAAACCCUUAUAAACUCGCCAACCAGAAAACCUACCUUUACAUGCCCACCGAAGACUCCCCAUCCACAAUGGCUCUCGCCGUUAAAGGACCGAUCCACUUUGGUCCAUUCGUCGUCACAUCCCAGGUCUUCCACAUAACCCCCCUCUCCUUCGCCCUCGUCAACCUCAAACCCAUCCUCCCAGGCCACGUCCUCGUCUCCCCGCGCCGCGUCGUCCCCCGCGUCUCCGACCUGACCCCCUCCGAAACAACAGAUCUUUUCCUGACCGUCCGCCGUGUGGGCCGCAUGGUCGAGCGCGUGUACGGCGCAAGUAGUCUCAACAUCGCCGUGCAGGAUGGCGUAGAGGCGGGACAGAGCGUGCCGCAUGUUCAUGCGCAUAUUAUCCCGAGGAAGAAGGCGGAUCUGGAUGCCCGGGGAGGGACGGAUGCGGUGUACGAUAUGCUAGAUGGGGAGGAGGGGGAUUUAGGGAGGCAUUAUCGGCAGAGGAUGACGAGGUUUCCGGCCGUUGAUAAUGAGGAGAGGAGGCCGAGGAGUAUGGAGGAUAUGCAGGCGGAGGCGAGGAUGUUGGCUAAGGAGAUGGAGGUGGAGGAGGUUGAUUGAGUUGGUGUGUUGUAUGUAUAGUAUGUAUAGAUGGAUAGACCUUUUUUUCUUUACUGUUAUUUGCAUGGGAUACCUUUUUUUUUUUUCUCUCUUUUUUUCGCGGAUUCUAUGUUGGCUUGUGAUUGAGCUUAAGUUACACUUUGUGUACUUUCAAUAUGUAUGUGACAAGACUCAUCGAUCGUCGAUGGUAUCUAAUCUAAUCAUGGGCCCAUCCAAACGCCUUCACCUGUCUAGUGGUAU